AUUAGAUCUGCCACACAAAAGUCCUUGAGUUUCCAGAAUGAUUCCCAGGUGGAGAAUUGCUCAACAGGUGGCUCAGGCAAGGAAUUUUGCUGCAGCAGCAGCUGGCCAUGGAGAAGGAUCUAGUGCUAGGUUAUGGAAGAUUUUGAGCUUUGUGGUGGCACUUCCUUCAGUAGGCAUCUGCUGGCUGAAUGUGCAGCUGAAAAAGAGAGAUCACCCCCAUGAACGUCCUGAGUUCAUUCCAUAUCCCCAUCUGAGGAUUCGGACAAAGGCUUAUCCAUGGGGUGAUGGAAAUCACUCUUUCUUUCACAAUCCCCACACCAACCCACUACCCACCGGCUAUGAAGACGUGGGCAGCCAUCACUGAGACCC